AUGUUCGAGCAAGCCGAACGAGACCACCUCCAGAGCCACCAGAAAAUGGGUUCUUGGAAGGAGGUGGCCCUCAACACAAUCUCAAAUGGAACACAAAUUCUUGACUGCAUGUGGAUUUACGUCUACAAGUACACCAAGCGAGGCAGGCUGGUGAAAUGCAAAGCUCGCCUUGUGGUCCGAGGCGACCAAGAACGUCGAAACACCCAAGACACAUAUGCAGCUACGUUGGCUGGAAGAAGCUUCAGAUCACUGAUGGCAAUUGCGGCAAGAUUCGACCUCGAACUGAUCCAAUACGACGCCGUCAAUGCAUUUGUGAAUGCCAACUUGGACGACGGGAUUUACAUGCCACUCUACGGGCUGCGAAAGUCGCCUCUGCUGUGGCAUCGCGAGCUGACCAAUACGCUCAAGAAAAUUGGCUUCAAGACGGUUCCUCAUGAGCCCUGUUGCCUAACCCUCGACGGCAUCUUCGUCUUCUUUUACGUUGAUGACAUUGUGUUUGCGUUUCGGAAGGAAGACGGACUGAGGGCAAAAGCUCUAACCGACCAACUGCGUUCAAAAUAUGAACUGACCGGAGGAAACGACCUCCAAUGGUUCUUAGGAAUCGAAAUCAUUCGCAACCGUGAUCGACGCCUGAUUUGGCUGUCACAAGCUUCAUACAUUGAGAAGAUCGGCCGCCUAGCAAACAAACGCAGAAUUUUUAACACUCCAAUGGGGACUGAAGAGCUACUCCCAUUUGAAGGCAUCGCCACGAACGGAGAAGUAAACUCCUACCAGGCCUACGCCAUGAAGCUGUUUGGAGGUCUCAUCGGGUGGCGGGAGUCAAUAUACAUGAGCAGGCUGAUCGACGAGCUGGGUGUCAAGCUGGAUGCCUCACACAUUCGGAUUCAAUGCGACAAUAACCAAACAAUCCGGCUCGUCAACGCAGAGAUCGCAGCGCUGAAGACAAAGCUUCGUCACGUCAACAUCCACAACCAUUGGCUUCGUCAAGAAGUAGCCAACGGCACGAUCGAAGUCACGUAUACACCCAGCGCCGAGCUGAUGGCCGAUGGUUUGACAAAGGCGCUCCAAGGACCUCACUUUGAAGCAUUCGUCAAGCAAAUGGGCCUCGAAGACGUCACCAGCCUCCUCGCCGGCCGGUCGCUCCCGAAACAGAUGACGAAGAACUCCAAGAACAGAUAUAUGAGGUGUGGCACAAGGAAGAUAAGGAAUGACCAGCGACGAAAUCACGAAGAAGGCGCAAUGAGCCGCGAGCGCAUCUACAGGCACGAUACUCGCCCCGGGAGAGAUGAUGUUCCGGCCCGAAAGAACAAUUCACAUACACAAUGGCUUUGGACGAUUUGA